AUGGAGCUCGAUCCGGACUACACGUUCGUCCCGCUCGCCGAGCGCCACUACAUGGGCAUACAAAACAAAGAUACCCAGCACUACUUGAAAAAAUGGGGAUUACUCGGGAACAUAGGCAUACAAGAUUUCUGCUUUAACGAGCCGUUUCAGCCGUACAACAAAUAUCAUAUAGCCGAGCAAUUUUUCAAGAGCCCCGUGGUUGCCAAUUCGCUGAAACUUAAAGUCGGCGAUGCUUGGAUGGUCCAAGGCAUAAAAGCAACAUCAGUCGACGUCACUCCAGUGCAGUGUACCGCGCUGAACAUGUCCUUUUUCGACAAAUUAAAAAACCCCGAGAACAAAAUCGUCUCCCUCUCGGGAGCCAUUUGCAAACAGUGCGACGUGGAAAUCGAAGGAUUCAUCGUCUCCGACAAACUCAGAGCCAUGAUCCUCGACGAGGAUAACGAGCGUUACAGCCUGUACGGGCCAGAGGAGAGGGACGAGUUUAUCUUCCGGCUGUUCGAGAUGCUCGUCCUCGGGGGAAGCCUGUGCCAGUACGAGGACGAGCUGCAGCCCUAUCUCGACGUCACGAGAAAAAUUUACAAGGACCUCGUCAGGGUGGAGAAAAAGGAGGACCGCGAUUUGUCAAUAUGUACGACGGUCGUGCGAGUGGUGGCCAGCGCGAGGGAGCGCGGGGACACGCGGCCGUACUUCCCGGGAGGUGAUGCGGAGAACCGGCAGAACGUCGGAUUCCUCCUGAUUGACGGCUCGGGACGCCGGGUGACCAGUUUGAUGCAUCGAUUCGGAGGUUUUAACUGGUGAGACAAG